AUGCCGCCACGCACGGCCAUCAAACGGCAGCAGUGGAUCAAAGACGCGGCGGCGCGACGCCACGCGACGUUAGUACAGCAGCGUCAAUCCAGACGAGACCUCACGGCGCAUGCGAGACAGCUGGCACAGACCCAAGAGCCUCCGUUGUCUCCUACCGACACGCAACAAGCGAAUGAGGACGUCGCGUGUGCGGCUUCUGCCCCGAGCAAGCGCAAGACCCGCGAGGAGCGCAUGAAGCAGCGACGGGAGCACUUUUCCCGGCAAUUGAUGACGCCCGAGUGGCUUAUUGACGUGCCUAAGGACUUGAAUGGCAGCAACAGUGUGUUGGGCGAGGGCUGGUACGUGCUGCCGAGGCCCGAGGGGAAGCGCUGUUUAGUGAUCACGAAUGGAGGCAUGACGAUUGCUCGGAUUCCGUCGGGCAACGUGCUGAAGAAGUUUCCAUCGGCACUGCCGAAUGGGUCGCACAAGACGAACAAGUCAAGUGACGGCUAUUGCAUCUUGGACUGCAUCUAUCAAGAGCAGACCGAGACGUUUUAUGUGCUGGACGUCAUGUGCUGGAAGGGGUAUUUGCUGUAUAAUUGCACGACCGAGUUUCGCCUCUAUUGGAUGCGGGACAAACUGUCGGAAGGAGCGACAGCGACGGUUGCGUCGGCGAAUCCAUUUCGGUUUCUGCCUGUUCCGUGCUACGAGAGCGACUCGACAGGAAUCAUGACGGCGUAUUCGACGACAUAUCCGUUUCUCAAAGAUGGACUUCUUUUCUACAUGAAAGCAGGCCAUUAUGAAAUGGGGCUGUCACCGUUGGCGUUGGUGUGGAAAGAUAGGAAUACAAGUCGCUUCUUUGUCUACUCAGCGACACCGUCCAUCAUCCUUCGUCUUCAAGGUGAAAAAGAGUUUGCGACGCUAGAGGGUAUCGUCCUUUUCACAGCUGAAGAAGAUCUCGUCCGGCAGCACGAGUUGAGCGAUGGCGAUCUUGCAAGCUUUUCGUUUGAGCAGCAUGAAGUCGACGAAAGCGAAGCUCCGCGUUUGAUCGGCCUGACGUUUGUAAAACGAUGCUCGCCGCAGAGGGCCCUGCCAGACAGCUGGACAAAGAUUUUGUUCCAGUACAAUGCGCGGUCUGGCGGUGUCCCAAUCGAGCGAAUUUUGGAGGCCGCUCAGGUACCGCUGACUGAGGUCGAGAUGGAAGGAUAG